AUGCCCUCCUGGGGAAGGCGUAUCCAGAGGUUUUCCUGUGGGAGACAGAAUUUAUUGGAUAACAUUUUCCAGUGUAUUAGGCAGGACAACGAUAAACCCCAUACAACCCUCAUCGUUUAUGGGCCACCAGGCUGCGGAAUGUGCAAAUUAUCUGAGCAGGUGCAAACUGCUGUAGGGCAAGUGCUGUGACUAUUGCUGGGGACAUCGCAGCUCAGUUCUGGCCUUCACAGCCUGCUGAGGGACAUUUGUUCACAAAUCUGUUCAGCAUCUGAUUUGCCACCACCUCCACUCCAGACCAACCAGGCUCACAGUGAUUUAGUCCUGAUCCUCAGUCUCCCAGAGUGGCACUCAGAUACUGGUGCUGCUCUGGACUCCGUGGAGUUUGCUGCCUGGUGGUGGGGCAGAUUCCACUGGCUCCCCUCAGAUUGCUCUCCACGGCCCCACAUCAUCAUUUCCACUUCUACUGAUACUCUGAACAACCCCCAGCACGCUGUGCCUGAGGCUGGGGCUCACUUUGAAGUAGGAGCCUUGUUCUGUGAAGAAGCCAGGAGGAGGAGAAAUAAUUUAUUUUCCUGUAAAAGUUUCCACUUUGCUUGCAGAAAUGGGCUGUCAGACAUGGAUCUUCUACCCAGACGAUUUGUUGAAGUGGUGCAGGAUCAUUAUCUAUCUAAACAAGACCAAAUCAACAGGCAUUUUCUCCUGGCAGGUUUCUAUAAGGGGACCUGGAGCUGGGGAAUGAGGAAAUCUCUUAUGUUGCCACUCAUUAGCAGAACCUUGAGUUGUGAAAACAAACAGAUCAAUCCAUACACCACAUUUCAAACCCACUGCUCUGACUGCUCCCAGUUCACCCCUCAGCCACUCUGGUUCUCUGACAUUGUCCCAAACCUGAGGAAGUUGAGUGAAUUACCACUUCAUUUACUUCAUGCUGGAGGAAUUGAGCUAAAAAGGGAUGUGCUGGGUAAGGAGAAGGGGAGCACAGAGGUGUACUUUGCUUCAUGCUUACAGCCAUGGAUAAGGAUCACACCCUUUCUGCUGGGCUGUGAGAAGGAAGCUUGGAAAGAGAAACCACUCCUUCCUCAGGGAAAAAUCCACACAAUUACAUUUCCCAGGUUUUACACUGGAGCCAUCCCUAUAUUACCAGAUCAGGCCAGCUCAACUCAUUUCAGAUUGUACAUCACGGAAAUACAGCUAUGGCUGCUCCCACAGGCUCACCAGAGCCAUGUUCUAAAAGGUUUUUCUGUCUCUGCCCUCUCAGGGAUGAGGAUAAUCCACACAGAAAUGUUGGCCAGGCUUCUUGCCUUGGUGCCUCCCUACCUGGAGCUCAUGGGGCAGCUGUGCCAGCAGUGCCUGAUGUGCAGGGUCUGUCCCUACCCCGUGCUCAUCCCACUGUGUGGAUUUCUCCAGGUGGGGCCCUACACACAAUCCCCACAGGAUUCCUUAUCCACAAAGGUGGGAUCAUUCCUGGGGCAGAUACAGCCCGACAAUAUUUCUAAUUAUCCAUCUGUUACGAACGAGAUGCAAGAAACAAUAUGUCUGCAGGAAACUAAUCUUGCUCCUGGCACAGACCACGGGGUUCACACAGGACCAGGGGUUCCAGCUGGGGAAGCACAGCACAUAAACAAGCUCAAAAAUGUCCCUUUUCUGUCUGUGGCAGCAAGAGCAGCCUCUCCCUCCUCUCUGUGUGUCAUGGCCGGUGUCACAGCGAUGGCAUUUGAUCCUGAUUGCCAGCUGCUGGUGGCAGCUUCCCAGGAUGGCUCCAGGAUUGUCUGGAAUAUGGGAGUUUUUGAGAUGCUGCACACCCUUCCUGGGUGCUCUGCAGAGCAUCUCUCACUUCUUGAGGCUGGAAAGCUGAUUCAUGGCGCACACAGACAUCUCCCAGCCACAAGCAUUCUCCCAAAUCCCAAAAGCACUGAGAAUCCCUCCUUUUGUGAGCCCCUCUCUUACUUGAUAGCUCAGGUGAGGUGUGUGGAAGUGCCUGAUAAAGGAACCUGUGCUGUUUCUGCUGCCAUGGAUCACAGUCUGCACAUCUGGAAUUUGAUUUCUGGCAGAGCCAUGUUUAUUAUCCAGGAUAUGCAAAGAACAAUCCUCCCAUCGCCUUCAUGUGGAUGUGAAGGGUGUGACACACUGAACACAUCUGCCUGAGUGAGAUUGGAAAUAUCUGAGCAAAGCCAGCUCCUUUUCACAGGGCUGAUCUCUGGGACAGCCUUUGUCAUCCCACUGAACUCCAGGCAGGAACUCCAGACUGGCAUCCUUCCUCCAGAGACACAGAAACCACUCAACCACAUGGCGUCGAGGCAGGAAAAGCAGUUUGCCGUAGCACAGGAUGAUUUAGCCCUUGCAGAUCCACGUCCAGCGAUCCACAGGCCCACCCACACCAUCAGAACCCAGAGCCCUGAUUUCCAUGGAGACUGCAGUGUCAUCUACAGCAUGGCCAGCAGGGAUUCAGUCCUUCAGGACUGCCCUGGGGCCCAAGGGCUCCCUUUGGAAGGUCACAGAAGGCAGAUCUCCUGCUUGGCAGGCAGUGGAGCUGAUGGUCUCUUGGAGCUCUGUCAGCAGCAACUUGAGCUGAGCUAUUCUGAGGGACCAGCACGCUGAGUGUCAAUGGUUAAUCACUGCCCCGGGCUGCCAGGCAGGAUCCAGCUCACAGCAUUCCCAAGGAUACCCAAAUCCUGACAAGCUGACAGGCACCAGCUUUUCCCAGUACCCAAGGCUGCUUUGGGAAGAUCCUUACAGCUGGAUUCACCACCCAGGUGUUGGUGCUGGCAGUGACUGAGGGCUGGGAACUCUGCUCUGACACAAAACAAAACUCACAGGAGUUUUUUUGUCUGCAGCUGGCUCUGCUCAUGUCACCAGAGUGAGACACAUGGCACAAAUCAGGGAAGAGGAUGAGACUUCUCAAGUUAAUAAUAGUGAUAUAAAACAGAAAUUAGGCCAACUCAGGAGAAUCCAGGAGGAAAAAAGAAAAAAGUGGUGCAGGAGGUUGGAUCACUGCUAAUUUUCUUUCACCUGACAAGACACCAAGGAUAUGUCUGAGCUACUCCUUUCCACAGGUGGAAUAAAGAGCUUUACUCUGUCCUACAAAGCUCUUUCCUGCACACCUAUGAGUGCUUCAUAACCUAGGAGCUGUAUUUGGCUCCCAACACCCUUCCAGCAUCCUCCUGUAAAAAUCUUUUAUUUAUUAUCUCUAUUCUUAAGCACUGAAUAACCACUGAAAACUCUAAAAACAUCUCCACUUCACCCUGUAUUUACCAGCAUAACAAUC